AUGGAUGUGAAUGACCAAAAAUCGUACCUUCAAUAUCAUAAUUGUGAUCAUAAAAUUGAAAUUACUUCUGCUUUAUUAGACGCAAUGAUGAAGUCAUAUAAAACUGUCAAUCCAAUACACCAAACGGUAACUUUCUCUACGAGCGAUAACACUGAGUACUCAAGCAUCCCCGAUCAAUGGCAUCAUCAAUCUUCACUAUUCCCAUAUAUUAAUUAUGAUAUUGGAGCAUCAUGGGCAUUCCCCUCACUAUCUGUCAUAGAUCCAACCUACUCUUGUACUUUAACGCCAUCUAAUACUUUCAUACCAUAUCAAGCAGUUUCAGCACAAUUUCCCAUUACUAGUCCUCAAUUUACUUCUUGCGAGAGUAACUUUUAUCCGGCAGAUCUUAGUCCAUCUACUAUUAAUCACCAAUUUGACAUCUAUAAUACCGACUUUGAUUGA